AUGUCAAAUUCUCCCGUGGAUUCGAGGCCAGCCGUAGCAUCAUUACCUUCGCAAACAAACCCCUCCAAUACUCUAGAUGUCAGGUCUACAGGACAAGAGCCGGUGAACAUGGCACCGGCCAUGCAGCAAACGAACACAGAUCUCGAUGUAAAUCGAGUCGAGGCCAUACCUUCGGCCCCUCCUCCUGCCUACAUUCCACCUCCUGAAUGCCGAACCUCACGGAUAUACGAUUUUGGGGACUUAGAUCUGACUAAUCAUCCCGAUAAUGAUCCUGAACGUGCAGUCCCACCCCCGCCUUAUACUGGCCCAUCUAGAGACCAGGCCGUUGUAAUAUACAGUCACACUUCUCCCUCAGGCGAUGCAACAGCCACGGUAUAUUACCCUACGAUGGAUUCAUACAUGAAGGCUUCAAAGCGUCGAAGGCUCUACGGGGCAGUCACUCUUGCCGCAUUUAUCAUCGUGGGAAUAAUUCUCUUGGGAAGCCUAAUUGCUCGACAAAAUAUGGGAGGGUCAACUGAUACAGCGGACCGGACUUAG